AACAGCUAGCUAGCAGCCCCUAAGCACAUAGCGCCUUCUGCAACACUGCUAGUACUACCUUAAACAGCAAUGCAGUUCUCAUUUAGCAAAAGACUCCCAAGCUUUUCAGGCGACAUUUCCAGAAGAUUUCACAGUCGACUUUUUCAGGUAAUAACAAAUGGAAUAUGUUAGAGAAGUUGGAGAACUCCGGGGUAACCAGGGUAUAGAAGAGGAAGAAUGCGUGAUGUUUGUAGAGCCGAUUGCAAUGAUUGUAUUGUCGAAAAUGCAGGACUUGCCGAAAACCCUUACACCCGAGAGUAGUGCCAGUUCAAGCGCACGAGAGGGUGGCGACCACCACACUUCAUCGUCCAGCAGCUCAUCCUCUGAAGAGACACCCAACCACGAGGAAGAGACGGGGAAUGUGGUUGGCAAUGAACCUGGACUAAAAAGAAAACAAAUUAGGAUAAGGAUUAAGCUUAGAUAUUUUUUCUUUUCUUCCUCAUUUUCACGCGGUUAUGCUCUGUCUUCUUCCCGAUCCUUCAUCCCGAAAAGCCCCUAAGCCACCGACUUUCUCCCCUUGAAAAAAACCGGUGAAGGCCUCUUGAAAUUUCCCUCCUUUCUUGCUCAAAAACCAAGUUGCAGGCCUAGAACACUCUCCUAAACCCAGAAAUUUUCCAGAUCUGCGCUGUCCUCUUCCCCUCUGUCCGCCGGCCUCUGCUGUGUGGGGUUGGGUUCGGUUUUCUGGUUCCCGAUCGUUCUGCCAGUUAGCACCGUGAAUUGAGCCUUUGGUUUUAAGCGAGUGAGGUAAUUAAAUUUAUGGUAAUGCCCAUACUGUUUUUCAAAAAAUGUUUUGACUUGUUUUUGAAGUGGUGGUGGGACUAAACCCGUUUUAUGCAAAAGUACGUAUGAGUGAUUUGAAGUGAAGUUUUAUGCUUUUCAUUAAAUUGAGCAUGCCUACUUGAAAUUUAAUUGAUUGCCCCGAUGAUUUGAAAGUGAUUAGUAAAGCAUGAUUUUCUGU